AUGAGUUGGCACUGGGCUCGCCCGGUCCUGUUUCUCAGUACCCUCGUCCUCCUCAUCCUUUUCCAUUCCUCAACCUUAAUCUCUUCUGCGUUAUCUCAAUGCAGCGCACACGAGCUUGCCCGUCGCUCCCAGAUCCUCACCAAAUGCGCAUACACACAUGCCCAACCUGGGCCUCCACCCCAUUUCCAUGUUCGCACCCAAAGUGACCGCUACGCAGAUUCAGAGAACACGGCACCUGUUCUCGUGCGUAACGCAACCAUCUGGACAGCCGCUAAUGAUGGGCACGAGGUUAUCACUGGCGACCUUCUCAUGCACCGCGGUCUCGUCAAAGCCAUCGGUGAUGUCCCUCUUUCCCUCAUUCAGCAGCUCGAGUCGGAGAAUAUGAACUUGGAGGUUGUCGAUGCUCAUGGAGCAUGGGUGACCCCUGGUAUUGUGGACCUACACUCUCAUAUCGGCGUCGGCAGUGCGCCUGAGCUAAAUGGUGCAGCCGACACGAACUCUUUCAAGGCUCCCAUCUUGCCCUGGCUGCGCAGUAUCGAUGGGCUAAACACCCACGAUGCGUCGUAUGAACUCGCUAUGGCUGGAGGCGUCACCACUGCGCAGAUUCUCCCUGGGAGCGCAAAUAAUAUUGGCGGCCAGGCAUUCAUAAUGAAACUCCGCCCUACAGCUGAGCGUUCACCUUCUUCGAUGCUCCUUGAGCCUCCCUAUACCCUCAACGGCUCCCACUUCGACCACUCUCUCACACCACGCUGGCGACACAUGAAGCAUGCAUGUGGUGAAAACCCUUCCAGUGUCUAUGGAAUAACACGCCUUGACUCCGGAUGGAACUUCCGCGCCGCCUACGAUAGCGCCCGAAAGAUUCGUGAUGCUCAAGACUCGUUCUGCGCCAAAGCAGAGUCUAAUCACUGGGAUGACCUCGCGGGGAAGACAUUCCCUGAAGACCUUCAAUGGGAAUCUCUCGUCGAUGUUCUCCGCGGACGCGUCAAGCUCGCCGUACACUGCUACGAGGCAGUUGAUCUUGAUGGGAUCGUCCGCCUUACAAACGAGUUUGAGUUCCCGGUGGCGUCGUUCCACCAUGCUGGGGAGACGUACCUCGUUCCAGAGUUGUUGAAGAAGACAUGGGGAGGCACACCUGCCAUUGCGCUCUUCGCAUCCAACUUCCGCAAGAAACGCGAAGCGUAUCGAGGAUCGGAGUUUGCUCCCCGUGUGUUAGCGGAGCAUGGGAUUGAUGUUGUAAUGAAGUCUGACCACCCCGUUGUUAACUCCCGUUACCUCCUGCACGAAGCCGCCCAAGCACACUACUAUGGCCUUGACCCUGCACUCGCCCUCCUCUCUGUCACGUAUACUCCUGCCACGGCCAUGGGGAUGGGCCAUCGGAUUGGGAUGUUGAAACAAGGAUAUGAUGCUGAUAUCGUGAUUUGGUCCUCCCACCCGCUAUCCCUUGCUUCGACGCCCACUCAUGUUUACAUUGAUGGUAUCCCCCAGCUCUCCCUACCCAACCGCUAUAUCAACAAGGGAUCCACCACGCCACCGCGCAUGCCGAAUUUCGACGCUGAGAAAGUAGCAACAGUUGCACACGAGGGUCUUCCCCCACUCGAGCCGCACAGCGUAAAGAGGGCACUGUUCGUAAAUGUUUCAGGGCUUUAUAUGAGAGGUGACGGCUCGAGUGGAGUGGCGUGUGUUUCCGAGCAGGCGGGAUCAGUCGGCGUGGAAGAUGGACGAGUGGUGUGCAUUGGUCAAUGCUCGGAUUUUGGAAACGGAGAUGUCGAUAUCGUCGACCUUGAAGGCGGCACGAUUACCCCUGGACUGACAAGCUUCGGUGCGCCGUUGGGGCUCGUGGAGAUAAGGCUCGAGCCGAGUACGAACGACGGAGCUGUUCAUAACCCUCUCGAUGGGGAUGUGCCUGCCGUAUUGGGUGGCAAAGUAGUGAGAGCACAGGACGGGCUCAUGUUUGGUGGCCAGAAUUUGUUACUAGCCUAUCGCGGCGGCGUCACGACCGCUAUCACAGCGCCCUCUGGAACGUUCCUGCAGGGCAUAUCUACCGCAUUCUCGCCUGGAGCUGCGCAUGCUCGAGUGGAAAAUGCGAGUGUCGUUGAUGAGGUCGCAUUGCAUAUUGCUGUCAGCAUGUCUUCAAGGGUCGGUGUGAGCACGCAGGUGGCAGCACUUAGGAACAUGUUGUUUGGAGAGGGCGGGGAUCACGUGCUGAAGAGCGUUAGAAAGGGUAAAACAACGCUCGUGGUGAACGUUGAGAACGCAGACAUCAUGGCGACGCUCCUCCGACUUAAGGAUGAGUAUGAAGGUCAUUCGGGGAGGGUGCUUCGUUUGACCUUUGCAGGAGCCACCGAGGCGCAUAUCCUUGCUCACGAGAUUGCGAAGGCAGGUGUGAGCGUGAUUGUCACGCAGAGUAAGCCAUUCCCGUGGACCUGGGAGCAGCGGAGAAUACUCGCUGGUCCGCCGAUCACGCAGGAAAGCCUGGUCACUGCACUUUUGAAAGCUGGCGUCAACGUAGCUAUCGGUGUUGUUGACGAAUACAAUGCCCGCAACACACGUUUCGAAGUCGGUUGGUUCCUCCUCACAUCCAAUGGAGUGAUCGAUCGCACGACAGCUCUUGCACUUGCCACGACAAAUCUCGAGAAGGCGCUUGGCGUGCAGAGGGAGAUGCCUCAGGACCUUGUGGCAUACCGUGGUGGAGACGUGUUUGAGUUUGAAGCUAAGGUGGUGGGCGUUUUAUCUGAGACGUUGGGGCGGACAGAUUUGUUUGUAUGA